GAGAGAUUCUCCCACCCCCACCCACCGAGCUGAGGGAGUAUGACUUCUGCAACGUCACCAAUCAUUUUGAAAUGGGACCCCAAAAGUUUGGAAAUCAGGACUCUCACAGUAGAGAGACUAUUGGAGCCACUUGUUACCCAGGUAACGACGCUGGUGAACACGAGCAAUAAAGGCCCAUCUGGCAAGAAGAAAGGGCGCUCGAAGAAGGCUCAUGUUUUGGCUGCCUCAGUGGAGCAGGCCACUCAGAACUUCUUGGAAAAAGGAGACCAAAUUGCUAAAGAGAGCCAGGAUCUCAAGGAGGAGUUGGUUGCUGCUGUAGAUGAUGUUCGAAAACAAGGGGAGACGAUGCGCAUCGCCUCGUCCGAGUUCGCCGAUGACCCCUGCUCCUCGGUGAAGAGGGGCACCAUGGUGCGCGCUGCCCGUGCCCUGCUCUCGGCCGUCACUCGCCUGCUCAUCCUGGCUGACAUGGCUGAUGUCAUGAGGCUCCUCUCACACCUCAAAAUCGUAGAGGAGGCACUAGAAGCUGUGAAAAAUGCCACAAAUGAGCAAGAUCUAGCCAAUCGCUUUAAGGAAUUUGGGAAGGAAAUGGUUAAACUGAACUAUGUUGCUGCAAGGCGACAGCAGGAGCUGAAGGAUCCUCACUGCAGGGACGAGAUGGCGGCGGCGCGCGGGGCUCUGAAGAAGAACGCCACCAUGCUGUACACGGCCUCGCAGGCCUUCCUGCGCCACCCCGACGUGGCGGCCACCAGGGCCAACAGGGACUACGUCUUCAAGCAAGUGCAGGAGGCCAUUGCUGGCAUCUCCAACGCUGCCCAGGCCACCUCACCCACUGAUGAGAACAAGGGCCACACUGGCAUAGGAGAGCUCGCUGCUGCUUUGAAUGAGUUUGAUAACAAGAUCAUCCUGGACCCGAUGACGUUCAGCGAGGCGCGGUUCCGGCCGUCGCUGGAGGAGCGGCUGGAGAGCAUCAUCAGCGGGGCGGCGCUCAUGGCCGACUCCUCGUGCACGCGCGACGACCGCCGCGAGCGCAUCGUGGCCGAGUGCAACGCCGUGCGCCAGGCCCUGCAGGACCUGCUCUCCGAGUACAUGAACAACACUGGAAGGAAGGAGAAGGGAGACCCACUCAACAUUGCAAUUGACAAGAUGACCAAGAAAACACGAGACCUUCGGAGACAGCUCCGGAAGGCAGUGAUGGAUCACAUCUCAGACUCGUUCCUGGAGACCAACGUCCCUCUGCUGGUUCUCAUCGAGGCCGCCAAAAGCGGCAACGAGAAGGAGGUGAAGGAAUACGCUCAGGUCUUCCGUGAACACGCCAACAAGUUGGUGGAGGUUGCAAAUCUGGCCUGUUCAAUCUCCAAUAAUGAGGAAGGUGUGAAGUUAGUCCGAAUGGCAGCCACACAGAUUGAUAGUCUGUGCCCACAGGUAAUUAAUGCUGCACUGACAUUGGCUGCCAGACCCCAGAGCAAAGUAGCCCAGGACAACAUGGACGUGUUCAAGGACCAGUGGGAGAAGCAGGUGCGAGUUCUCACUGAGGCUGUGGACGACAUCACUUCAGUGGAUGAUUUCCUCUCUGUUUCAGAAAACCACAUCCUGGAAGAUGUGAACAAGUGUGUGAUUGCCCUGCAAGAGGGGGACGUGGACACGCUGGACAGGACCGCGGGCGCCAUCCGGGGCCGCGCAGCCAGAGUCAUCCACAUCAUCAACGCUGAGAUGGAGAACUACGAGACUGGGGUGUACACUGAGAAGGUGCUGGAAGCGACCAAACUGCUCUCUGAAACAGUGAUGCCCCGUUUUGCUGAGCAAGUGGAGGUGGCCAUUGAGGCCCUGAGUGCCAACGUGCCCCAGCCCUUUGAGGAGAACGAGUUCAUCGACGCCUCCCGCCUGGUCUACGACGGUGUGCGGGACAUCAGGAAAGCUGUCCUGAUGAUCAGGACCCCUGAGGAGCUCGAGGACGACUCGGACUUCGAGCAGGAGGAUUACGACGUGCGCAGCCGAACGAGCGUCCAGACCGAGGAUGACCAGCUCAUCGCUGGCCAGAGUGCAAGGGCUAUCAUGGCCCAGCUGCCCCAGGAGGAGAAGGCAAAGAUUGCUGAGCAGGUGGAGAUAUUCCACCAAGAGAAGAGCAAGCUGGAUGCAGAGGUGGCCAAGUGGGAUGACAGUGGCAAUGACAUCAUUGUGCUGGCCAAGCAGAUGUGCAUGAUCAUGAUGGAAAUGACAGAUUUCACCAGAGGGAAAGGCCCCCUGAAGAACACAUCUGAUGUCAUUAAUGCAGCCAAGAAGAUUGCAGAGGCAGGAUCCAGGAUGGACAAACUGGCACGGGCAGUAGCUGAUCAGUGCCCAGACUCAGCCUGCAAGCAGGAUCUGCUGGCCUACCUGCAGCGCAUUGCCCUCUACUGCCACCAGCUCAAUAUCUGCAGCAAAGUGAAGGCAGAAGUUCAGAACCUGGGAGGAGAACUCAUUGUAUCAGGGCUGGACAGUGCCACUUCUCUCAUCCAGGCAGCUAAAAACCUGAUGAACGCUGUGGUCCUUACAGUGAAAGCAUCAUAUGUGGCUUCUACUAAAUAUCAGAAGGUCUAUGGCACUGCUGCAGUGAACUCUCCAGUUGUAUCUUGGAAGAUGAAGGCCCCCGAGAAGAAACCUCUAGUAAAGAGAGAAAAACCAGAAGAAUAUCAGACAAGAGUGAGGAGAGGGUCCCAGAAGAAACAUAUUUCCCCUGUACAGGCCUUAAGUGAAUUUAAAGCUAUGGAUUCAUUCUAAACCACUGAGCUUUACCAGGAGGGUUUUAUAUUCUUUUUUGUACGCAUACCUGCCGACUUGUGUGCGUCUGGCAUGGGGAGGGGGGGACAAAGUGACAAUUUGCAUGCGACCUGAGCCUCUAUUCCAGUAAAUAACUCUCUGCAGUGCCCAAAAUUCAGGGCAUUGCCUUCUGAUGUUGAGUGGACUUAACUCCAAGCUUCCUUUUUAAAACUAAACUAUCGCAUUAAAUUGGCCAAAGAAUUUGCGUCACGGGGGUGUAUACGUGUGGAAUAAAUGAUAAAUUCAAGUCUAAACCCCGAAAUUUUUAUGCAUGCAAGAAACAUUAGGUUGGCAGGUAUAUUAAGUGAAAAAUAAUAAAAAAAAAAGGAAUUGUAAUGGUAGACCAUAAAGCUUGUAUUGCUUCUGUUGCAGUGCAAAAAUGUACUAGCCAAUAUGCUUCAAUGUGUGGCCCAAUAAUUAAAUGAUAUAACUUUUAAGUCAUCUUCAUUAUAGUAUGUGAAUUUUUAAAACAGAUUCAAACUAAUUCAUCUUAAAAAUGCUUCUUUUGAACCAGAUUUUGUUCUUUAUAUUCUAGUAGUGUUAUGACUGCUCACAUUUCAAUUAAUCCCAUUAAUAUGACCAGAGGUUUACUUUUGCCAAUUGAAUUCCUUAUGGUGGAGUAUGAAGCACAAUAUGGUGAUUGACAUUGCCUUUUAUAUUAUGAUUAUUAUUAUUCUGAUUAUUAUUAUUAUUAUAUUAGUAAUAGAAGACCUGGUGGUGGAAUGUUUAGAGACACGGAAACUGACAGUGUGAGAAUUUAGAGGCAAAUAUGUAGGUGUAGCUUGGAUUACAGGUAUCUGACAUACCAUUGUAACCACUAACUCAAUAAACUCAUUUAAUCUUGGAAUCCUCAA